AUGUCUAAGACAGGAGAGAGGAACGCCUCUACAACCUCUGUCGACUCAGCCUCAUCAGAUGCCUCCAAAUCCGCCUCCUCCCCAUCCGGCUCGGUCUCUGAUACACCCAAGAAAUCAUCAAAGAAGUCCAAGAAAAACACUGAGAGUAUGAACAAAGUCUACACCUCCGUGCUCAACAGUGUUUUUGGGGCAGACAGAGAACUGGCUCAGGCUGAGUUAGAUGAGCUCCAGGAGGCCUUCAAGGAGUUUGACUACGACCAAGAUGGCUACCUGAACUACAAGGAUGUGGCUGAGUGCAUGAGGACGAUGGGAUACAUGCCCACAGAAAUGGAGCUGCUGGAGAUCGUACAACAGAUAAAGAUGAGAAUGGGAGGGUUAAUGGACUUUGAGGACUUUAUUGAACUGAUGGGACCCAGGAUGAUGGGAGAGACUACUGACAUGCUGGGACUCAAGGAGCUCCAAUCUGCCUUUGUACAGUUUGACCUCGACGGGGAUGGAAAGAUCAACCAGGAUGAGAUGAAGGAGGCAGUGAAGACGCUGCUGGGAGAGAAGCUGAAGAAGGGAGAGCUGGAAGAGAUCCUGAAGGAGCUGGACAUCAACGCAGAUGGAAACAUUGACUUUGAAGAGUUUGUGAUGAUGCUCUCCAUUCGCUAG